CGCUACAUACUAGAUCUUCGCAGUCAGUUCCUUAACUACCUGCUAUCUGAGCGUCAGUCUCUUUAUUAUGCACUCAGGUGUUUACAAUUUAAAACACAGCCAUUGGUCGACCAGUCCUGACGUCAAUCUAAUAAUACUUACUUAGCCACAAUAGAAAAUUUGGACGGUAACACUAUUAUUUGUAAACGGUACCGUACAAGUUUCUUCAGUUGUAGUUAGAACACACGUCGAGGAGGAAGAGUGGAGGCUCGCGUAGCUAUAAGGAAAAAAGAAUAGAACCACGUAGUGGUGACCAGAUUCUCGAACAGUACAAUACGCGUUGACGUGAAGAAAACAAUGUUGGUGUCCGUCAAAGCCCAGUGUUUUACGAGAAUGGAACGUUUAAUAUAAAUUGUCCCAUUGUAUACUUUAUAACAGACAGAUAGUUCUUUUUUGCUAGCUGAAUUGUAGUUUUGGUGUUUGUGGAUUUCAUGACAAUGUGCAAGACCUCAUCGCUGUGCGACAAUCGCCGGUGUGAAAAAGGAUUAAAAACAAAGGUUGAAAGGCUGACCGAAUACGGAAGAUACUUGGGGGGUUCGCAACCUUCAUUGGACGGAAGGAGGCGAGAUUUGGACAGGAUCCAAGAUCUAUUUCCGCACGAUUUUUUGGGACUCCAUGAAAGAGAACCAAUGUCUACAUACAACGUGAAAUCAAAACUGUCCCGUAAGAAAUCACUAGGAGAUAUAACUUCCGUGUCAGGAAACAAUGGUUUGUCGUUAUCAAAUCGAGUGUUCAUGGUGGAAGCCCCAUGUGCCGUGGCCCCCGUUCACGCACCUCUUCAGGCAAAACCCCGACAUCUUUUUCUGUUUUCCGAUUUACUUUUAGUUGCAAAACCUCGUUCUGGUGGCACAUUCAAAUUAAAGGAAAGUGUGAGAGUUUCGGAACUUUGGCUGGCACCAUAUCCUGAAUCAGAGACAGGAUUUCUUCUUGGAUAUCCAGGACCUGCUCGAACUUAUAUCGUGAACUUUUGUACUCAGGCAGCAAGAGAUUCGUGGUGGAGAGAACUACAGCAAGCCUUAGCAGUUCAGUUAAGACUUGAACCCCCCACAACGAAUAUUAAAGUCAUUUAUAGGGACCCCAGAAGUGGUACAGAAUGUUCAAAAACUUUAGGAGUAGGGCCUGAAAUGAAUACAGGAGACAUUGCCAGAUUAGCUUUAGACGACACGAGACAUAAUGAUUCAGACUUCACCCUCUGGACGCGCGAAAGAGACUCCCCACCUUGUCCUUUACUGGGAUGUGAAAGACCCCAUUCCAUACAACUGGCAAGGAUACGACAGUCGGUCUCAGCUGAAGAAGGUUUUGACUUAGCCCACUGUAACAACAACAGAUUACCCUGUGAUAUUGUUUUCGAACUAAAGCCAACGUGCAAGACCAUCCCAAGAAAUCGCACCCCUUUAAAAUUAUUUCGCAAGAACAGUGCUCGAAUAUUUGGAGUACCAUUGACAAGACUUGUUGUAAAUAGCACCCUCCAUCCCGUUUUAAGUACAAUUCUAAGAGGACUCUUCCAACGUGGACCUCACACCCAAGGGAUCUUCAGAAGGUGUGCCUCUGCCAGAGCUCUCAGGGAAUUGAGGGAGAAAAUAGACACACAAGGAGCAGCCAUUUGUGAAGAACUUGCAAAUUCACCACCCCUUCUACUAGGUGCCUUAUUGAAAGAUUUCUUGAGAAGUCUACCAUCCCCAUUGCUCAGUGGAAACGUUCACGAAUGGCUCAACGCCACCAGUUCUGGAAAUAUGGAACAUAUUAGAAGACUUUUGAGCCAACUUCCCAGAGAAAAUCAUGUCCUUUUGUCCAACAUAAUCUGCGUCCUUUAUCAAGUCGCCAAAAGGGCAAGGUACAAUCUGAUGUCGGCCACAAAUUUGGGUGUUUGUUUCGGUCCAAGUUUAUUAUGGGAGUCGUCCCAAAAUGCACCAAUGAGAACCCUUCCAACGCUGGUGGAAUUGUUGAUAAACAAGUGUCAGGUCCUUUUUGGGGCCCAAGUUGUUUCCUUGUUGGGAGAACCGGCCAGUGACAGUGGAGCUGAAGAGUCAGAUAGUCUGCAUUCUCUAGGCCUUUCGUUAGACAGUGUAGAGCUUAGCAAAGACCAGAAGUCUCUUAGUCGUGAUUCUGGCUUGACAUUGUCAGAAGACGACAGAGACAGUCCUGGUCUAAACUACAACAACGUGAACAAUUUCCACAGAUCCGAUUGGACGAGGCAACCGGCUCGAAUAAGGGCCUUAGAUAGUACUUGGAUAGAGGAAGAUGAAGCAUUUUGUGCUUCAAACGAGAGCCUCUGCAUGCCACCGGUGCCUCCCAGAAGACCUCCGCCGUUAAGACAUUUACCCCCAGUCCAUCUACCUCCCAUUUACAGACCCCCACCGCCUCCACCCCCGACCUACGCCACUGCUCGACUUUUAUUAGUCACGGACUCCGAAAGCGAAAGUUACGUAUGAUUUCAUUAAUUAUCACUUUUUUUUUGUAAUUACAUAGGUACAUAUACAGGGUGUCCCAAGCAAGCAGUUAUUGAAGAAAAAAGCGUGCUUGGGACACCUUGUAUAUAAAUCAUAAAGUUCAUGCCAUUUUUUUAAUAAUCGUUGUAUAUUUUUUUUAUCGAUUUCUAAGAAAUGAACACGUAUUAAUUAAUUUCCGAAAUUCGGAAGGCUUUCUGAGAAUGUACAAAGUUUUUUUUAAUUAUAAUUACUAUUAUUAAGUGAGACAAGUUAUAUUUGUUUUUUGAUAUUGCAAAAUAUAUAUAAGAUUUUGUAUGUAUAAUAGGGCCAUAUUAGUGUAAAUUUUUGCAAUCUUUUUGCAAGUUCUGCGUUAAUAUGUAGGUUUUCUAUUUUUUUAUAAUAUUCGUAGCGUAUAAGUACUUUUUUUGUACAAUGCAGACAUUAAAAGAAACAAUUCAGAGACGAAGAAGAUUUAAUAAACUCAUAAAUUCUU